GUCGCCCCGGCAAAAUUGUUUAUCCUCCGCUCCGAGAAGGCGAAUUAAAAUUCGCGGAAAAUUCUCCAGGGAGAACGUAGACUGGAGUGUAUAAAAGUCCCCGACAACGAGUCCGCUCUUAACACUCAUUCGGCAUCCGGCGUUCGCGAAAGAUCGUGGAUUUCAAGACCGACUGACCUUUGAACUCAUUGACAUGAAGCUCAUCCCCACCACCAUCGUCUGCCUAAUGGCUCUCGGCGUUUUACUCUGCGGAUUCUGUGAGGCCGCUGCCGAAAUCGCGCCCAACCUUCAUCGGAGGUUUCGAAAUCGUCUGCCGUCCCGCGGGUAUUCUGGCGACGAGUUCGUCGUCGAGGACGAAGAUUCGAUGGAGCUGAACAAACGCCAACUCUUCGACGAUUACGGCCACAUGAGAUUCGGCAAACGAGAUCGAUUCGACGACUACGGACACAUGCGAUUCGGUCGCAAUCACGAGUAGCGAGAAUCAUCGUCAGCAUCGAUCGAUAAACUACGAACUUCUGCAACUGAAGCCAUUAGAAAAACCUAAAAAUCAAUGAAUCUAGUGCACAACUGUACCCUUAAUACGUAAAGUAAUAAAACUUAUUUUACAUUGCAAAGAAAAAGAAAAUACGAAAGUUU